GCGCAGGGCCCGGGGCAGGCGCGGCCAUGGCGCGCGCGCUCGCCGCUCUGCGCUUCCUGCUGGGCGGCUUCUUCGUGCUCACCGGGGCGGCCAAGCUCUCGCAGCUCUCUUCUCCGGUGUCGGAGCAGAUGAAAGCCCUGUUUGUGCAGUUCACUGAUGUGUUCCCGUUGAAGUUGUUCGGCUACCAGCCAGAUCCCAUGAACUAUCAAACAGCGGUGGGCUGGCUGGAACUUCUGGCUGGGUUGCUGCUGAUCCUGGGCCCACCGAUGCUGCAAGAGAUCAGUAACUUGCUCUUGACACUGCUCAUGAUGGGGGCAAUCUUCACUUUGGCAUCUCUGAAAGAAUCACUGAGCACCUGCAUCCCAGCCAUUGUUUGUCUGGGGCUCCUGCUGCUGCUGGACAUCUGUCAGCUCUUAACCCAAACUAAGAAGGUGGUCAGAUCCUCUAGGAGGAAGACUCGCCAUGCAUUCAGGGAACCUUGGAAGACUCUUCAAGCCAUGUAGCUACCAGUGCUGGAACAUGCUGGAACACACAGUCUACUACAUUUCUACGUGUGGGGUCAUUCAGUGUUGAAGAUACCUUGUCUACCUGGCUUUGAUUGUUCUGUACUGUUCUGUUUAGAGGGGUACACACUAGACAUACUAACAUUUCACAUAGCAUGUAAAUGUAGAAAAUAAACUCACAAGAAAUUUAAAUCACU